GUGGGUAAAGGGGUAGUCUGUAAAAAAGGGAUCUUUCAAUAUGCUUAACCUGGUUAUACAUAUGCUAACUUUUAUGCUUUCCCUAAGAGCAGACAUUGCCACAGGUAUCUCUGUAAUUCAAUCUGAAACACUGAAGAAAUAUGUGCCAGGUGGUACUAUAACUUUAAAGUGUAUAAUCUCAAAAUAUCAUGAAAACUACUUCUCCUGGUUCAGGCAGUCUCUCGGAGAAGCACCAACAUGUAUCAUCACUCUUUAUGCUGGCUCUCUUCCUGUGUUUCAUGGAGACUUUACACAUGAUAGAAGAUACAAAGUAAACAAGAGCGAAACUCAAUUUACUUUAACGAUUUCAGAUUUAAAGCAAGCAGAUACUGGAAUCUAUUAUUGUGCUGUAAGGGAUUAUGACCUUGUAGUUUUCAGUAAUGGUGUGUUUCUCAAAUAUGAAGGACCUAAUUCAAAGCACCACCAUUAUAUCAGUGGAUUUGUAUUACUUGACCAGACAGACAACAAUCUGAAAUUGAAAGAGACAGUUCACCCAGGAGAUUCUGUGACUCUGCAGUGUACAGUCCUCACUGAGAGCUGUGCAGGAGAACACAGUGUCUACUGGUUCAGACAUGGCUCGGGAGAAUCUCAUCCAGGAAUCAUUUAUACUCAUGGAGACAGCAGUGAUCAGUGUAAGAAGAGUUCUGAGGUUGGAUCUCCCACACAGACCUGUGUCUUCAACCUUCCAAAGAGUAAUCUCAGCCUCUCUGAUGCUGGAAUUUACUACUGUGCUGUGGCCAUGUGUGGGGAGAUAUUGUUUGGGAAUGGGAGUAAGCUUGAAUUUGCUGAUCCCUCUCAGAAGUCAGAACUCAUUCAAAUUAUUGUCUUGGCAACAUCCAAUGUGUUCUGCCUAAUUAUAAUUUCUGCCCUCUUGUGCAUGAGGAUAAAGACAAGGAAUAUGACCAUAAAGAAGCAAGUGUCUGGUGAACCUGAGCAAUAUCAUACUCCAUCUGUUCCUUCCAUUUCUCCAAUGAAUGAGAGUGUGGAAAGAGAAGAGUUGAGCUAUGCUGCAAUACAUUUCCCUGCAAGGAAAUUCAAGCGGCAAGAGACACGAAAAGACACGUUCUCAGAAACCAUAUACUCCUCUGUUAUUAGUUUAAAAUGAGCAUGGGAAUGACAUUAAUUGUAAAAUGAAGAUCUUAACCUUCCAUUGAGGAAAAAAAGUCUAAUUUAUUUAUAUAGUGCUUUUCACAACAGCUGUUGUCAUAAAGC